GGAAAAUAUAUCUCAGUAGUAUCACGAAUUCAUGACCAACCAAUAAAACUAUAACUGGCUACCUAUAGCUACCUAUAUAAGAAAAUGGCAGUCCCAUGUAUGUACAUACUUUUUUACGAAAAAAAUAUUGUAAAAUAUUGUUGAUGCAGGGAAAAAUGAAAUUGGCUUCAUUUUGUAUUUUGGCUAGUUUGCUUUCCUUUUCGUCUGCGGUAGUAAGGUAUGACAACUAUACAUUAUACAAAUUAUCACCAAAAACUUCUUAUCAACUAAAAUUGCUUCAAAACCUACAAGAGUCUAAUGAGCAUAAAUUGGAUUUCUGGAGGAAUCCAUAUAAAGUCGGAGUACCUAUAGACGUACUGGUUUCGCCCGAAGAAAAAUAUAAGUUUGAAUAUGUCAUUGGUAAAAGUAAUGUAAAGUUUCAAGUCCUUACGAGCAAUGUUCAAGAACAAAUAGACGAAGAAUCCAAAGUAAACAAUCUUCGGAGUCUAAAGAAAGGUGAAUUGACAUGGGAUAGAUACUAUGAUUUGGAACAUAUAAACAGCUGGUUGAAAAAAUUAGCGAAAGACUAUCCAGACAAAGUAACUUUAAUUAAAGGAGGAAAAUCUUUCGAAAAAAGAGAUAUUUUGGGUGUAAAAGUAAGUUUUGGAAAACAAAAAGGACGACGAAGUGUUUGGCUUGAUUCACAAAUACAUGCAAGAGAAUGGAUUGCCGCUCCCACUACAACAUUCAUUCUAAAUGAAAUCUUGCACAGUAAAGAUCCUGCCGUUAGAGCUAUGGCCGAAAGUCACGAUUGGUACAUCUUUCCUGUUAUAAACCCAGACGGAUUUGUGUAUUCACACACUGAGGAGCGUCUGUGGAGAAAAACUCGUAGUGAUUAUGGUACAGGCUGUAUAGGUACCGAUCCUAACCGUAACUGGGGAUACAAAUGGAAUGAGAUGGGAGCAAGUAGCGACCCGUGUGAAUCUGAUUAUGCUGGACCGCAUGCUUUCUCUGAGAUUGAGGUUAAAAGUUUAUCUAAAUAUAUGAGCAAAGUGGCGAACAAAAUACUGCUUUAUAUAACGUUCCAUUCACACGGACAAUAUAUACUAUUACCUUACGGUCAUACUAGGGAUCAUUUGGAUAACUACGAUGAAGCUUAUAAACUAGCAAAGAAAGCUGCCAAAUCGUUGGCUGUGAGGUACGGAACUAAAUAUGAUGUUGGAAAUAUAGGAAAGUUAAUGGGUCUGAUAACAGGAUCGAGCAUGGAUUGGUACAAGAAGAAUUACCAGAUUCCGUUUGCAUAUGCGUAUGAGCUUCGUGAUAAAUACAGUUUCGAACUACCACAAGACCAAAUUAUACCCAAUUGUUUGGAAGUACUGGAUUCCCUUGUUACCUUGUUGAAAGGAGCCGAUGCAUUGUACAAAAGUGUUAUAAAUACUGGUAACAUGAAAUUUACUUCAUUGUAUAUACUAGCUAGUCUGCUGGUGUUCUCAUCAGCAGUAGUUAGAUAUGACAACUACACAUUAUACAAAAUAUAUCCAAAGUCUACCAAUGAUUUAGAAUUUCUUCAAAACCUACAAAAGUCCAAAGAAUAUAAAUUGGACUUCUGGAAUGAGCCAUCUACUUUGAGAAAAUUUGUUAAUGUGCUUGUUUCUCCAAAAGACAAGUACAGCUUUGAAUACAUUAUCGGUAAAAAUAAUUUAAAUUUUGAAGUUAUUACUGACAAUAUACAAGACAGAAUAGAUGAGGAAUCUAGAGUACACAGUCUUCAAACUGUAAAAGGUGUUGAACUUACUUGGGAUAAGUACUAUGAUUUGGAAGCAAUAAACCUUUGGUUGAAAAAACUUGCCAGCGAAUAUCACGAUAAAGUUACUCUAAUCGAAGGAGGAAAGUCAUACGAAGGCCGAGAUAUACUGGGUGUGAAAGUAAGUUUUGGACCACAAAAAGGCAAACGAAGUGUAUGGCUGGAUUCACAAAUUCACGCAAGGGAAUGGAUAUCCGGUGCUACGACAACAUACAUUCUUAAUGAGAUAUUGCGCAGUGACGAUUCCAGAAUCCGAGAUAUAGCUGAAAGCCAUGAUUGGUAUAUCUUCCCAGUUAUUAAUCCAGACGGAUUUGAAUUUACUCAUACCACGAACCGUAUGUGGAGAAAAACACGUACUGAUUAUGGGCAAGGAGAAGAAUGUAGAGGUGCUGAUCCCAACAGAAACUGGGAUUACAAAUGGAAUGAAGGCGGAUCAACUGACGAUCCAUGCGAUGAAAUUUAUGCUGGGCCUAAAGCAUUCUCCGAAAUUGAAACUAGAACCUUAUCUGAGUAUAUGAGCACAGUGGUGGACGAACUAUUACUUUUUAUAACAUUCCAUUCGUUUUCCGAAUUAAUCCUUUUACCUUAUGGUUACACUGACGAACAUUUAGACAAUUACAAUGUAACCUAUCCAGUAGCAUUAAAGGCUGCUGAAGCAUUGGCUGAAAGAUACGGAACUGAAUAUACUGUAGGGGAUAUUGUUGAGACAGGUAUUGGCAUAGCCACAGGAUCAAAUAUGGAUUGGGUUAAAGGAGUUUACCAAGUACCAUUCGCAUAUGCAUAUGAACUUCGUGAUCAAGGAGAAUAUGGAUUUAUUCUACCACCAGAACAGAUUAUACCCAACUGCUUGGAAGUACUAGAUUCCCUUCUCACUAUUUUAGAAGAAGCUGAUAAAAUAUACCAAAGUUAAAGAUUAUACAUGAUGUAAAUAAAAAUAUUUUAAAUUA